UUUUAUUGUUAGCUUUGAAUAUGAGUAAGUUUGUUUUGAGCUAAAAAAUUUGACGAUUGUGUUUAGUCAUUUGGAGCAAGAAUGAGUAAGAUUGUUUAUCUACAUAUGGAACACACACAUAAAAGGCAUGUGUAGCUGCAUAGCUUCGUGCGUAAUUACUUCAGGCGAAACGAUAUCCCAUAAAGUUGGACCAAGAACGAACAUAAACAAAUUAAACUUAUAUCUCCCGCUGACCUUAAAGGGUUGAAACAGCUACUGCCAUGAUACAGAGCACCGGAGGCCACUAUAUAAUGAAACCUGGUUUACUCAGCGUCAUUUCGUGCUAGUUGUCUUCGCUAAAGGAACUAAAUAUAAUGCUUUCGUUCGUUGCGACUGCAUGGUUGGCGCUGCAAUGGUUGAUGCCAUUAAUUGAAGGAACAAAUGGCCAAACUACGAAUCCUCCAAACAUUGUGAUGGUGUUGGCCGAUGAUUUAGGUUGGAACGAUGUAAGCUGGCAUAACUCUAUCGUACAAAUGCCGAAUUUACAAGAUCUUGCCGAGCGAGGUGUUAUAUUGGAACACGCUUAUGCCCAGGAGAAAUGUACGCCCUCCAGAGCUGCUUUUCUUACUGGACGAUAUCCUAUAAAUACUGGAAUGCAGGAAGAAGUGGUGGUUGCCACCCAAAUGUCAGGACUUCCAAUCGAGUUUAAAUUACUUCCAUCUUACUUGAAAGAUCAAGGAUAUGCCACUCAUAUGAUCGGGAAGUGGCAUGUGGGAUACUGUGAUGAGGCGUAUACCCCAACCAGACGAGGGUUUGAUUCCCACUAUGGUUUCUAUAACAGCGGGAUUUCUUAUUCGAACUAUAGUUCCACUGAAGGAACCGACGUUGGUUACGAUUACCGUGACGACUUGGCGUUGAAUCUUGCAGCUGAAGGCAAAUACACAACGACCGAUUUCACCGACCAAGCGAAGACAUUGAUUGACAAUCAUGAUCAGACGAACCCAAUGUUUCUUUACAUGGCUUACAAUGCCCCUCAUACCCCAUUUGAGGUGGAAGAGUCUUACAGGGAUAUUUACGACGGAAAUCUUAGAGACGGAAACCGCAAAACUUAUCUUGGUAUGAUUUCCGCACUCGAUGAACAAGUUGGGCAACUUGUGGAUAAAUUGAAAGAAGUCGGAAUGUGGUCAAAUACUGUGUUUGUCUUCUACUCCGACAACGGAGGCACACAACCACAAUCGGGACAAAGUGGAAACAAUUUUCCUCUUCGUGGAAAGAAAGGUUCUUUAUUCGAAGGAGGUUACAGAGUGCCGGCUUUCGUACACAGUGAACUAAUCAACAACUCCAUACACCCAUGACGGACUUUUCCACAUCAGUGACAUGUUCGCCACCUUCAUCGCUCUUGCCGGGGGUGACGCUGCUGUUCCCGCCGACAUUGAUGGGAUCAAUGCUUGGCCGGCUAUAUCUGGCAACACGCCUUCUCCCAGAACAACAUUGGUGUACAACAUAAUCACGAAAAACUUUGCGAAUAAUGCGAGGAAUACGGAACCGAAGGCAGCAAUACGGGAUCUACAAUACAAACUUAUCGAAGGAAACCCUGGAGGAGGCGAAUUGGAACUCGGAGGAUGGAUACCACCACCUGAAAAUCGCGUCGAUAAUUUGCUGAAACCGAACGUCAAUUAUUACGCUGACCCAGUGACUGGUACAUGGUAUUAUCUCUUCGAUUUGAUCGCUGAUCCUUACGAAACCAACAACAUUGCAGCCUCCGAACCCACAUUAUUAAACGAAAUGAUUACGUGGCUUACCGCAGAGAAACGAUCAAGUCGUCGUCGGCAUGCAAUCGACAACACCAAAGAUGUAACCGCAAUUCCAAGCUUAAACGGCGGCUCCUGGAACCCAGGAUUCUGCGUUGCAACGUAAAUAAAUAGGCACUUGAUCACGGCAAGAUUCUUAAGAUAAAAACUUCCGGAUUCGUGAUUUGGUUUAGAAAAUAAAAUAAUUUAAUUUGUUGUAAUUUGGGUUAAAUUGUCUCGCAAAUAACUUGUCUCUCGUUUAAAAAAAGCGUUGUUUACAAAUUUAUGUUUUUUCUUGCAUGCAUGCACCUCAUUGUGUUGUAGACAAUAAAACAUACUCGAGAAUAGGC